CACUGAGUCGUAAAUGAGCUGCUUCAUUUCUGGAGAUGAAACUGUACCGUCUAUCGUCUUUACUGUGACUCAAUGUACAAAGCUCCUCCAUCUCCACUGAGAAGACAGCAGGUGAAGCCUGUCCUGCUCCAUUGACCGUCUCAGCACACUGAAUGAGAGACUGUUCACAACUACAGCUCUACAAAGUGUAGAACAUCGCUCCUUCACUUAGCUUUUAUCAUUAGCAUUGAAAAUACAUGGAGCUAAAAUGGGGUAAGGAAAUCAUUUGUUCAAAGUUAGGAAUGACCCCAUAGGUGUGAAAGUUAGAAAACCUAGGCAUCUUUUGCACCCAGCCACAGACCUACAAAAGCUUGUGCUAGCUUGAUAGCUUGUUUUAUUAUUUUAGUAACCUGACGUCUUACCUCUCACUCCCAUCUCGGCUCUCUGUUCUUCUACCUCUGCUUGGUAAAGAGAACUUUCGGAUAUCCAUCUACAGAAGUCAGGAAUAAAAUAUCGCUUCAAUUAGUUCCUCUUAUUAUUUGGAAUCUUUCUUCACUUUCAGAUGUAGCCUGUUACUCUACCUCUUGUUUCCUCACGCGCCGAUGCACUGACAGAGAGCUGAGUGCGCGUGCAGUGUUUCAGUUCAUGACAUGCGCAGUUCACGUGCGUGACCGAGCGAGUUUAUCAAGAGGUAGUGUAGGUGAAAGUGGUGUUGCUGUGUUACUAAUUUUCGCACUUUUCGAAUAAUAGAAAAUCGAAUAAGAGAUAUUAUUGUACUGGGGCACGUGCCCCGGUGAAAUGGGUGUAGCGACGCACGUGCUAAUAUCCGUGACCCAGAUUGUGUCCGGCGCUCGCGCUGCUUGAAAGAUGCACCGAUGGGUGAAAUCACUCUCUCUCUCUGUCCUGGAACAUGGAGGAUUUUAGCUUCAUGAAUGUGGAAUAAAAUCUGUCAGUGUGUCCUUAAGCCCAAACCCGCAGUAGACAUGUAGAUACUGACCAUCAGGAAAGUGGUUUUUAUUCUGGAGGCGCGUGAAAAAGUGGGAAUAGUUGUGCUGUAGAGCUUCACCCGGAUCAGAAGUGAUGAAAAUACUGUUUAUGUGCAAUUCAGCACUUCAACAAGAAAGGAUGAUGUGUGAUGAUGGCUCUGUUUUUUUUGCAUUUAGGUCCAGUGUGUGAGCAGGCCACGGAACCGGCUCUGGUCCAGUCCACAAAGGUUCAUCAGGACCAGAUGAUGGUCUCCCUGGCUGAGUCUGAGGAGAAACACCAGAAGGCUGUGGAGACCAUCACCCAGUUGGAGGAGGCUUACAGGCUUCUGAAGUCCGAGCACCAGGAGAUGAUGGAGACUCUGACAAACAAUGAAAAGUUACUGAAGGUCUCCCUGGCUGAGACUGAGGAGAAACACCAGAAGGCUGUGGAGGUCAUCAGUAAGCUGGUGGAGGAGAAGUUUAACCUGGCAGACCAGGUGAAGACACUGCAAGACACGGUGGAGGACAUGGGGAACCAGCUCUGUGGGACUCACGCAGAGUAUGAUGAACUAAUAGAUUUGCAUGAGCGAGAGCAGGAGGCUCACAGGCUUCAGAUGUCAGAGUACUGUAAAAGGAUAGAGACUCUGACAGACAAUGAAAAGUUACUGAAGGUCUCAUUGGCUGAGGCGGAGGAGAAACACCAGAAGUCUGUGGAGGAGGCUGAGGAGACCAUCACUAAGCUGAAGAUGGAGAACACUGACCUAAAAGACACAAUAAUGAGAGAGAGACACUCAUUGUUCGAUAUGAGAAGAGAGGUAAAUGAGGUUCGCUUGGAGUAUGAUGAGCUAAAGAAGGAGCGUGAGCGAGAGCAGGAGGCUCACAGACUUCAGACGUCAGAGUACUGUAAGAUGAUAGAGACUCUGACAGACAAUGAAAAGUUACUGAAGGUCUCCCUGGCUGAGACUGAGGAGAAACACCAGAAGGCUGUGGAGGUCAUCAGUAAGCUGGUGGAGGAGAAGUCUGACCUGGCAGACCUGGUGAAGACACUGCGAGACACAGUGGAGGACAUGGGGAACCAGCUCUGUGGGACUCACGCAGAGUAUGAUGAACUAAUAGAUUUGCAUGAGCGAGAGCAGGAGGCUCACAGACUUCAGACGUCAGAGUACUGUAAAAGGAUAGAGACUCUGACAGACAAUGAAAAGUUACUGAAGGUGUCAUUGGCUGAAGCUGAGGAGAAACACCAGAAGGCUGUGGAGGUCAUCACUAAACUGGAGGAGGAGAAGUCUGACCUGGCAGACCUGGUGAAGACACUGCGAGACACAGUGGAGGACAUGGGGAACCAGCUCUGUGGGACUCACGCAGAGUAUGAUGAACUAAUAGAUUUGCAUGAACGAGAGCAGGAGGCUCACAGGCUUCAGACGUCAGAGUACUGUAAAAGGAUAGAGACUCUGACAGACAAUGAAAAGUUACUGAAGGUCUCCCUGGCUGAGACUGAGGAGAAACACCAGAAGGCUGUGGAGGUCAUCACUAAGCUGGAGGAGGAGAAGUCUGACCUGACAGACCAGGUGAAGACACUGCGAGACACAGUGGAGGACAUGGGGAACCAGAUCUGUGAGACUCUCUUGCACUGUGAUGAGCUAAAGAAUGAGUGUGAGAAAGAGCAGGAGGCUCACAAGCUUCUGAAGUCAGAGUACCAUGAGAGGAUGGAGACUCUGACAAACAAUGAAAAGCUGCUGAAGGUCUCAUUGGCUGAAGCUGAGGAGAAACACCAGAAGGCUAUGGAGACCAUCUCUCAGCUGGAGGAGGAGAAGUCUGACCUGACAGACCAGGUGAAGAUACUAAGAAACACCGUGGAGGACCUAGGGAAAGAGCAGGUUGAGCUAAACAGGGAUUGUGAUAAGCUCAUGGAUGACUAUAAUCGACUGAAGGACACUCAUAACGUCCUCCAGGCCGAGCACAAAGAGGUGAAGGAGCAGUUAAAAUGCUGUGAAGAGUUACCAAAGGAGUCCCUGGAUCAAGCUAAGGAGUCGAAGGCUGUGCAGCCCACUGAUGAGCAUGAAGCUGGCAUGUCCGGUCUGACCAAUGUGGCCAUGCAGGACACAGUGUGGUACAAAUUCAAGAAGAUCUUUAGAAAAAAACCUGACAAAUCCUGUGAAAGCAAGAAGAAAAGAUUUCCUGAGUCAGAAAACGUUUUGAAAAAUAGUAAAUCGUCAUCAGAAUCCUCAGAAUCAGAUAUAUGUGGGUAUGAGAAGUUCAAAUAA